UUGUUUUUGUCAUUCUUCCGGCUCUUUCUCUUGUUGCCUAUUGCAAUCUUUCUCCACAUUCAUAUAUUUAAUGUUUUUUUCUUUGUUUUUGCAGUCCUUUAUAGCUUUUCUCAUGGCUUUUCUUUCCCAAGCAUCUCCACUUCUCCUUCCUCAUAAUAUUCUUCCACACUAUUCCCAUAUUCUGCCACCCAUUUCCUAGCUAAUCAUCGCAUACCAACUCAGUCCUCCAAUGUCAUUCGUUUGUCUCGAGUUGCACCAUUAAAAAUAACUUCAAGGGAGGAAUAUUGUGCUACCAGCAAAAUGGCAUCAUCAUUGGAGGAGCUUCUAGCCGAGGAAGGAUUUAGAGGAAGAAGAUCAGGGAUGGCGUCAAGAGCUUCUUUUAAAGCGGAAGCUGUAAUCAAGUCUCUUCCCCCUUCACGAGGCAAAGCAAAAGCAGACUCUCCAUUAGGCUUUCGAACUAAGACUGAGAGGGCAAGAUCUGAUGUUUCCCGAUACAAUUUGAGAGGUGAAUCACCUAGUUGCUCUAGCAGGAGACCGAGGGAUAAUUUUGUUCCAAGAGAAAAGAUUGUUGGAAGAUCAAAGAUGGAAUUCUUUGAAAGACUUGGCCGCCAAGUUUCAAAUGAUGUGCAGAAUAACAAAGUAGCUAAUUCAGAAAAGAUUCAAGAAAGCGAGAUAAUUGAAAUUGGUCACGAAGAAGAUGAGGGAGUUAACGAUAUACAUUCUGAUAAACCAUACAGCUCGGAGAGGAGUGAAACAUCUCGUCAAGGAAAUGAUAGAAACCGGAAGAUAAUGAUAGAUGGAAGGCAGAGUAGCAAUUAUAAUAGAGAUUUCCCAAAAUAUAAAGCAUCAAGAGAUAGCAAUGAGAAAAGCCUGAGACCACAUAAUCUAUCUUAUGAUAGCUCUGUUAGAAGUUCAAUGAAUGUCAGAAAUUUCAAAGGUGAUGAUGGAUCAAAACGCGGGAGUGUUUCACUUUCACAGGCAGUUUCUGAACUAGCUCUUGAUGAAGUUGCUGUCAAAGCAAUGAUCUCCAUCUUAAUAGGUUACAUUAAACGUUUCCUCAAAGAUGGGGAAUUCCGUAGUGUGCUCCGUCACAAUUGUUUUUCUUCCCUUGAUUUUGAUGAAUAUGGAGAAGGAAACCAAAAUAAGAGCAAAGUCAUUACUAAUCUCGAACAAGCAAUUGAGAUUGUGGAGAAGGCUGCUGAGGAAGCGACAAGCACAAAGGAUUUGAAAAGAGCAUUACUGCAGCUGAGUGUGAUUAAAACUCUGAACUCAAAUGAUUUGAAAGAUGGACAAACGUCAGGAAUUCGAAAUUCCAGGGUGUCUGCUUGUGCAAAUAUUUACCUGAGUGUGAUACAAAAGCUGCAGAAAAAGGACAGGGCUUCAUCGCGAUAUCUUUUACAAGUAUUUUGUGAUUCUCCUUUUUCAGCACGGACAAUCUUGUUACCUGAACUGUGGGAGUAUCUAUUCUUUCCACAUCUUUCACAUUUGAAGGAGUGGUACAAUCAGGAAGCUGGUUCUCUUCUGAACACACCAAGCAAGACAAGAAAACUUAGGCUUCUUGACAACGUAUACAAUGAGAUUCUAAAUUCUGGUACUUACCAAUUUGCAGUUUACUACAAGGAUUGGUUGACGGACGGGGUUGAAACCCCUUCCCUUCCUUCUAUAGACAUCCCUACCGUAUCGAUUCAGAACGUUGAGCAGAUUGAUUCAAUUGAUCAUUUCCCGUAUCUAUCUAGAUCUCCUGAUCUUUUCUCACCUAAGCCAAUGGUUAGUAAGAAGCUGUACGAAGCUGUAUUUAGCCAUUCAAGUAAGCCUGGAUGUUAUGAGGUCGAAGACGUUGAGGAGACAUAUAUCUUUGAUGAUGGUGUAGCAAAUUCUGAUGGUUCUGCUUCUGAAGUUAAAAACACCAUAACGUGCUCUUCCGAAAUUGUUGAAUAUCUGGAUCAAGACGGACAUGAUAAUUCUUGCAAGGCUGCAGAAGAUAAGACAUUCCUUUCUGACAAUGCUCUUACAUCAGUAUCGAAUGAAGAAUGGAAGCUGGUUAAAGUGAUAACUUCACCAGAAAAUGAUCUCAACGAUGAAAUCAGUAAUUCUCAUAGACAGCUAGAGCCUGCAGUAGAUGCUAAUAUGCUUACUGCAUUUUCUCAUUCUCAAGCUAAUGAGUCAAUCCUCAUGAGCCUAACUAAAUCUGUCUUUGAACUGCAACAAUCUGAGGAUUCCAGGGGUACAAGUGUUUCUUCUCUUUCCUACUACUGUGAGCAGAUCAAAGAGAUGACUUCUUAUGAAGACUUAGAUGGAACAUGUGAAGAUUUUGAUAAAGGAUCCCUUCUUGCAAGUGUACCCCAGAGCUUCAUUUGCCCUCUAUCUGGCCAGUUGUUUGAGGAUCCAGUUACCAUAGAGACUGGACAAACUUUUGAGAAAGAAGCUAUCAGAGUAUGGUUCAACAAGGGAAAUAGAACAUGUCCUAUCACAGGAAAAACAUUGGAAUGUCCAACUGUGCCAUUUACCAAUUUUAUUUUGAAGCGGGUUAUUGACAGUUGGAAAUUGGAGCAUUGUAGUCAUCUAUUGGCUCUUGCCUCUCGAAUCAUUAAUAAUCCAGAGAAACAUGAAUCGAGAAGAAGUGUCGAAACAGAUGUAACUGUUUUAGAGAAACUUCUUACUACUUUCGGCAGGGAGGAAUCAUUAGCAAAUGCCAAACAUCUCGUUUCUCUUGGAGGCUUGGAUUUUCUUAUUAAAAAGAUAACAUUCGAAGAUUUGGAAGAAAAAAUACGCGUUGCAGCUCUCUUGUCUUUUUGCAUUGAAGCAGAUGCCAGUUGCAGAAACCAUAUAGCUAAAAACGUUGACAAGCAGUGUCUCUUGGAGCUGCUCUAUAGCAAGCAGCCCAAGUCUAGAGGAAAUGCAGUGCUUUUACUGAUUGAAUUACUAUGUCGCAACAGGAGGAAAGAUGUGAAAUUAAUUCUAAGUGACUUACAGAAUAAAGAGAUUAUGAAUACAAUGCACGUCCUGCUCAUGUAUCUCCAAAAUUCUCCACUUGAGCAAAAGCCUUGGGUUGCUGUGCUUCUUUUGCACUUUGAUUUAAUGGGUCAGGUUGAACAUCAGAAGUACAGCAUAUACAGAGAAGAAGCUGUUGAUGCGAUUGUAAUGGCUCUAGAAGGCAGUUUAACAGAUGAAAAGGUCCGUGAAAAGUCUUGUACAGCUCUCCACGCCUUGGGAGGACAUUUUUCUGCUUCUGGGAAGUCAUUAACUGAACAUUGGAUGCUAAAGCAAGCAGGCUUCAGCAAAAUAUAUGAACUGAACUCUCCAGAAGAAGAUUUAGUAUAUGAUGAUGACUCUCUUUCUUUGGAAGAUGAAGAAGAGGCAAUAGAUGAGUGGCAAAGGAACUUGUCCAUUUCAUUGCUUGGUAAUGGAAAGAAGUCAUUCUUAGGGAUCAUUUCGAAGUGCUUGGGUUCCGGUAACUCGGAUUUAAUGACUGCAUGCCUCACCACAGUUGCGUGGUUGAGCCGUGCUCUUUCUGCCCUACCUCAUACCCAAUUCCACCUUACUGCCUUCUCCGCUCUCAUAUCUGCCCUCAAACAAAGCUUGGAAAAUGCUCGACCGAUGGACCACAGAGUUCUGGCUUCCUUAUCACUGCUCAACUUUAGUAAAUUUCCAGAAUGCAGGAUUUUGUUAAUGACAAUUGGUGAAGAGAUUGGUAUUCCAUUACAAAGGCUUGUUGAAGUUACAUGGACAGCCAGACAACUAAAUGCCAUUAUUUCUGGACAAUAUCAUUAGUUUUUUUUGCAUAUUUUAGAGAUUCUCUUCCUUUUAGCUACAAUUACAAGCAUGAUAUUGCUUUUACUUUUUAGAAAUGCAACUCAAUUGGAAUGUAGUUUCUACACUAACAUAACUUGUAUUUUAUAUACAUAUAUGUACAUAAAAUUAUAUAAUUUCUCAACAGAAUUGGAACACGAGUAUUUAUAA